AAAAUAUUGUGUAGAGAGUUUUUGUUUUAGUCAGUAAAAAUAUAAUAUAUUACAAACGUUCACCUGACUUGUCAAAAUGAAAUUGAAUACAUCAAUGUUUAUAUGUCUAUUUUUUUCUGCUAUAAUUGCUAUUAAGGCACAGUCUAACAAACUGAGUGACGAUAAUGAAAACGAUUUGAUGGUAGAUGAAGAUCAACAGACACAGAACUCCCAAGAAGAGACCGAAUUUCAGUACAAACAAAGCAAAUGGUUGGAAGAGAUGGAGAAUAACAUGACGGAUAGCUCAGAGGUAUUCGUCGAGGACGGCGAGGAGAAGGAGGCCCUGACUAACACGUUCACGAGCGCCAUGGCCACGGAUGUGGCCAAAGCUGGAUUUACUGAUGCAAAUCACCAAUGGCAGUUGAUGUUAGAGGGCCCGGAAGCGUCUCGGGUGAUUGGCACGUUUGGCCAGAACUUCAACUCUAUUGUUUCAUCCAACAACGCUGCGAACAUGAUCAAUAUGCUGGCUAGCACCACGCACGUGCUGGCAGCCACAGCCGGCGAAGCGAAGAUGAGCUCUGGGCUCAGGGACAUCUUAUCAAUGAUGUCCUCCCUAUUCACGUCACCCAAUAUGCCCAUAAUUGUCAACAAGGUCGGCCUGCUGGUAAUUUCUACCGUGAACAAACCCAACGGUCCGUUGUUCAGCAAGACGUACUGGGACGAGAUUCAGAAUCUCUUGUCUGUGAAGAACCUCAAUGAAAAACUACAGAAGACUUUUGAAAACUUAUCUACCAUGACUUCUUCAAGCAAAAAGACGAAACCGUUGAAACGUAGACGUAGUUUUGCGUAAAUAUAAAAUUAUAUAAAUUAUUCACAUAUACAAUUAUAAUAGGUACAUAAAUUCAUUUACAAACGGUUUACUUAUCUACAUAAUAUAUAAUUUAUAUAAUAGUGUGGCAUCAUAGUUUUAUACAUAACACCGCCACGAUCCGUAUACCUACAUGGAAUGUAACACCGUUUGUACUUUGUUAUAAUAAUAUACUAUUACUAUUACAA